CAUAAACAUCGAACAAAGAUGCUAACGCAGCCGUGGAUCACAUGGCCGCUAGUGCUGUUGCUCCUGCUCCAGCACCUGGUCAACGCAGAUGUUAGCCAUCUCUCCAGCAACUAUUUGCCACCAGAAAGCGAGCAGCCAGCCAAUCAACCAUUGGCGGAUGAGGAAGCGCCUGCGGAGGAUAUGCAAUCCAAUGAUCCUUUCUAUCCGAUGAGUGGUCUGAUGCUGCCCUCGGGCUACGCAAUACCCACAGGUAGCAAUGUGCCACCACCGGCCAUGGCGCCGCCCAACUUUCCGCUGCCCAUCUAUCCGCCGUUCUUUGGAUUUGGCGGUGGGCCAGAAGGAUUUGGAAUGGGAGCUGGUCAAGUGCCGCCUGGCUAUGAGGCGCAGUUUCCGGGUGGACCGUUUCCAGUUGGCGGACAGGGUGGCCAGUUUCCGAUUGGCCCACAAGCUGGUGGUUUUCCAACUGGUCCACAGGGUGGACAGUUCCCGGGUGGACUACAAGGUGGACCUUUUCCAGUUGGCCCACAACCUGGCCAGUUUCCGGUUGGACCACAGGGCGGGCCGUUUCCAGCCGGACCGCAGGCCAUUCCGUUUCCGGCAGGAUCACAGGGCGGGCCGUUUCCGGGUGGACCACAGAACAAUGGCUUCCCGAUCGGGCCUCAGGGAGGUGGCUUUCCAGUUGGACCUCAGCCUGGUCCAUUUGGACAACAAGGUGGACCAGUUCCCUUCCCUUCCCCACCCGAUUACCUGACCAUGCAAGGCUUACCCUCCCCAGGCCUGCAGCUGGGCUUCCAACAGAAUGUCGGCUUUGGCAUGCAGCCCGGCUUUGGUAGCCCGCAGCCCGCAUAUCCCUACCAGCAGCCCUUCUCGCCCAGCUUCGGCAUACCCGGCCAGCACUAUCAGCCCCAGCCGCAGCCAUAUGCGGACGAGCCACAGCCAGAAACGAAUGCAAAAGCAAAGAGCAGCUCUGCAAAAAAGUUGGCCAAGUCCCGCAAUAAGGAGACCCUCUAUGCCUCCAACGGCGGCUACAUCUAUAAGCGCGCCAAAUGA